GGGAAGUUGGGCCUGCCAUCACAAGGUUUGGUACAAGGCAAGGAUGGUCUCAUCUCACCUGAGAAACACCCUCACUUUCCCUUACAUAUGUAUAUGCCUGGCUCUCAUGUAAAUCCUUCAAAAACACAUAGAGAUGACCCUCCUCUUGGAGCAAAGGAUGAGCAGGACUUCAUGACAGCAUGUCAAAUGUGGGGUCCAGAGUCUGGAUAUAAAAUUCCAGAAGAAGGAGGAGACAAAGCUAAAAUUAUUAGACAACAGAAGAGAGAAGGUGAAAACAAACCCCACAUAAAACGACCAAUGAAUGCAUUCAUGGUUUGGGCAAAAGAUGAAAGGAGAAAAAUUUUAAAAGCUUGUCCUGAUAUGCAUAAUUCAAAUAUUUCUAAAAUACUAGGUGCUCGAUGGAAGGCCAUGUCAAAUGCAGAGAAGCAACCCUACUAUGAAGAGCAAUCUCGAUUAUCCAAACUGCACAUGGAGAAGCACCCUGACUAUCGUUAUAGGCCUCGUCCCAAAAGGACAUGCAUUGUAGAUGGCAAGAAAAUGCGUAUCUCGGAAUACAAAAUGCUAAUGAGGCAACGGAGGCAAGAAAUGAGGCAGCUGUGGUGCCGUGAAAGUGGACCAGAGGUUGGGUUCCUCUCUCCAGAUAUGUCAUCACCGGGCACUUCAACCGCAAACAGAGCAUCAUCUUCUCCUCCAUCAGGAUCAGUGGGGGCGGGAGUGACUACAAAUGGGGCAGGGCCCAGCUCGGAACACUCGGGUCCCUACUACUAUCCUCCUGACAGCCUUUCUCCCGACAUGUUGAACUUUUCUCCUGAUCCUGCUGGGUCAGUUGGUGUUGAUGCAAGUCCUAGGCAACAUGAUGAAGACUAAAUCAAUGCCUAGAUUAUGCCCAAACAGUGCUAGUGAGUGACAAUUGAAGAAUAAAACUGAAGAAACCAGUGUUUUCAAAUUAUUAGUUGGUGUAUGGAAAUAUUUUGCAACAGCUCUCUGAAAAGGUCACUAGUAGUUUUUUCAAAGCUUUAUGCACAUGAGGCUAGAAAAUAAUAUGGAAUAAAACUGCUCAACAGUGAUGAUAAUGUUGAAAUGAAGGUGAAAAUGAGUUACAACACUGGAAAUGAAAUUGUCAGCAUAAUGCAGAACCUUGCAGAUCACAUUCUUCAAAAUAAACUGUGUGUAGCUGCCACAAAUCAAUCUUAAUGUAUUUCCAGUGAUAUAUUGUGAUGUAGAAACUAUGUGAAAAACAUUUUAUGUUUUACUCUUUUACCAAGUUGUUUUUUUGUUUUUUGUUCUGUUUUUGUUAAUUUUGUUCAGUAACUUUUUUACUUGACAAGUGUUUUCAUCCCAGGUUGUGAUAAUUCAAUAUAGGUACCAUACUUUAUUAUGGUAUGACUUAAAGUCAUUCAAACCUUUCACAGCAACUUGAAUAUUAAAAACAAGUCAGUUAAUGGCAAAAGAGUUCUUUUUGCCUUAUUCUGUGAACAUAAUUGAAUUAAUUGGAUAGUUACUUACUUUCAAGUGCAUUUUUCCUUGCCAACAGCUGCUACCUAGUAACACAUCCUCAUACAAAACCUUAACAUUAAAUGAAAAAGUAUUGUGUGCAAUUUUAAGAGAGCUGAAAAAAAUCAUUUUCAUCUUCAGUAUUACUGACAUUCAUGGGCUUUCCUCUUGCAUUUUAAAAUGUAAAAUGUAAGAAAAGAAUAACUCUCAUAAGAUAUGCAUUUUCCUUUUUUCAACAUGCUCUUUUUUCUUGUUUAUUUAUUAUUUUUAAUAAAUGUUUAUAUAUGUUAUUGAAAUCCAGCUGUUGAUCAAGACCAAAUUUUUAUGUAGACCCCAUGUCACUACAUUUCACAUAGAAAAAAUAAAUAAACUAUGUUGUGUGUCAUCUCCCUCUCUUUCUGAGAAGUUCUUAAUCAUUAAAUUAUUUAUUUAUUUCACAAUAUAAUAAAUUUUGGGUAAAAGGUAUGACUACAGAGUUUCAAAAAUGGAAGUUCUCACCACAUGUAGCAAUCCCUUUCAUUCAUAUCUCAAAAUAAGAUCUUGAAUGACUAGUUGCUUAGCAAAGAGAAUUUCAAUUACAAGCCUACCUAUCAUGUAGUAUCAUUACUUGUAAAUUACCACUGUAUGUUACUCCAUAUGUGUAUAUAUACAUCCAUUUACAUAGAAGCAAGAAUGCAUUAUUACACUGUAAUAUAUAUAUCAAUUUUGAAUCAAAGAUCUAGCCAUAAACCCUGCCAUAUUUAUUUCCAUUUCAAAGGGGUUUUUAGGGCCAGUAACAGAACUACUUGAAACCUAAUCAUUAUUCUAUAUUUAUUAUUCUUAACAUAUACAGACUGAAAACAUUAACAUGGGAAUGAGUCAGUGAGAAAAACGCAUUUGUAGUACUUGAAAUCGUAAUAUCUUAUUGCAAGUGUGUUAUUUAUUGGGUGUGUGUUAAAUGGAAAUUCCAAAAAUUUGUUGCUGUAGUGUUAAAAUAUUGUACAUGGAACAUUAUUGUAAAGCUGAAUGGUGACUUUUUAUAUAUAUAAUGGUGGUCAAAGUGUAUCUACAAAUGGAUAUAAUGUUUCAACAAUUGAUUUUCUAGAGUAAGGACAUUCAGAAAGAAAUGUGAUAAUAUGUGAGGUGCCAUAGGAAUUGUGUGAUUCAAAGAACACCUGCCAUACAUGAAAACUUUUCGUUACUUUUGUUUCAAAAUAAGAGUAAUACUUCUGCUGUAAAUUGUUCACCUAAUAUUGGUGUAAAAUGGCUCGCAAAUGGUGCCAAAUAUAUUGAAUAGAACUUAAAAUAAUGUACAAAUCCCAAAGAAGUAUGUAUGUGUGUGCUGGAAGUGAAUAUUAUCAUAUAUGGUAAAUAAUAUAGCCAUGUAUUAGUUGGGGGGAGGGAGGGAAGUGAAAUAAUAGACUAAACAAAACAUUCUGUUGAAUAUAUAUAUUUGGUGUUGUCAGGUGAGAAAUAUGGACUCUUAAGUUGCUGCUAGUUUUGUUCUGUGCCCAACUAGUGAAAUAUUGUUACAAAAGGAGAAAAUCAAAGGUUAUCCUUGUUUUCCAACUUAUCAGCUUCAUCCAGUCUUGUGUACAGUUGCAGUACAUGUUGAUGUCUUAUUCUUGAGAACAAAAGAAAAAAAUUAAUUUACGUGACUAUAUUGUUGAAUGGUACUACACCAUGAACCUAACUGUUUUCAUGUCUUCAUGUACAGUUCGUAGGAUAAAUAAAUGGAGAUUUUUGAGGAGUA